AAGAAACCCCACACAAAAGCGCCCUGUGCGUCAUGAUGAAGGAAAGCCAAAAUGAAAAGAAAACACCUUUCAUGGAUUUACAAAAAGGCGAUGAUCAGAAACUGCAUCGCCUUUUCAAGAGUUCGGAGCAAGAAUGGGACUCCAUAAAACGGUCCAGACCAAGAACACUCCGUGGAAGUUCCGCAGAUUCUUGCUCCAUCUUUAAAGCCCUCCAACUGCUCGACGAUUCUCCCAAAAGUCUCAUGUCUUCGCUUCAAAAGGGAAGACGGUCUCAUCCAUCGGAGGGGUUGACGAAAUGGAAAGUGAGGAACAAUGACCUGGCAGCGCUGGAGAUUCUCAGGGAGAGAAGAGCGGCGGUUGAAAGCGGUAACUUGAAGGGACGUCGGCUUUUCGAGGAAGUGGAGGAUGUAACAGAGGUGGAAUUCGGAGAUGGAACGUGCAGUGGCUGUUGGGAUAUUGGAAUUGUCCCACCAGAGAGCGAGGUGAGGUCAAUUGUUUCUUUUGAUUCGGAUGAUGAUGAUGAUGAUGCAGAGAAUGAGAAUGAGAAAGAAAAUGAAAAUGGGGAUGGAAAGGAGUUUUUCUGCCCUCUGUGUUGUCAAUAUGGUUCCAAUUCAUCAUCCUCUUCUUCUUCUCCUCCUGUUUUGCACUCUGAGAAUGCAGAGGAAGAACCUACCGUGCCGAUUGCAGUAGAGAGGAGGAGGAGAAAAACAUCGGGGAAUGCCAUGCUUUUUUCGCUUGUUGUUUUGCUAGUGGUGGGAUUUUGUUUUAUUAUGAGUAGAAAAUCUGGUGGAUACGUGGGUGGGGAGGUAAUUCUCGUGCCCACAUGAACAUGAAAUUUCUGUUUUAUUAACUUCAAAUCAGAUCCAUUCUUGGGUAGAGCCUGCCGACGUCGUGGUGUGGCGAAGAAGGGUAUUUCUUCAUGUAUUUCUCAGGGAUUAAAUUGUUCGUUGACAU